CAGAGACCGGGCACAGGACAGCAGGCGGCCCGCAGCACUCCCGAACCAUGUGCGCUGCGACGGUGAGCUCAGGUGCCAGGAAACGCAGACGGAGAAAACAGGCAAUGGUAAACUGAAUAGCUUCAACCUGGAUAAGGGGAAGUUAUUGUCAGAGGAUGACUCAACAAGCAUUCCAAAUCCUCUUGAUAAAAGUGAAGGCAGGAAUUUACUGAAUGUCUGUGUGAAGCAGGGAUUACCCAGAGACGUUAGAGUAACGCUGGGCAACAAAGGCCUUCCUCAUUAUAUGGACAGUAUGGAUGGGAAUAAGAAGACCUCUGCUUUACAGCUGUGUGACGUAAAGCCACUGGGCGGGAAAGAGCCUGUGAUCUCUCUGAAUGGAGAUUCUGCCCAUAGCUCCGGUUACAUUGCAAAUGGCUACUCCAGCAAGGCUGCUGCGGACAACGAUGGCAGCGGGUCGGAGAGCGGCUACACCACUCCUAAAAAGCGCAGGGCGAGGCGCUUCAGUAUAAAAGGCUCAGAUAGUGGAAUUUGGGAAAAGGAGAAGGCUGGGCAACGUGGAGUACUCUCUUAUUCCAAGCAGGACCCAGAGCCCUCAGGCCAAGAGGUGGCUGGGAAAGUGGUGAACUCUAGACCUAAUUGCACCAGGACUUGCCUUAAACCAGAGGUGCACACAGGUGUUCAUCGCACAGGCGUCACGGAGAUGACACUUGCGGGUGAGGCGCAGUGCAAAAACUCUGACACUAAGGCCUCGGGCCCCGUUAGCAAAAAGACUGAUGAUAAGGCCAGUAAAGCCAAGCUCUCCUCCUCAGUGACCUCAAAAGAGGACUCGUGGACCUUGUUCAAACCUCCGCCAGUGUUUCCGGUGGACAACAGCACUGCUAAGAUAGUGCCCAAGAUUAGUUAUGCAAGCAAAGUCAAGGAGAACCUCAACAAAGCCACGCAGGCCAGUGCGGAGGCAGCUACUGCUCAGGCGUCGAUAAAGAUCUCCCAGGUCCCCAUGUCUGCUGUAAAAACGGUCAAUUCCACCACAUUUACCAACGGCCCUGUUUCGGGGGAGGCUAACGGGUGCCCCUCAGAGGGAACGUUGUUCAACUCCGCUGCUAGCACUGCUCCUCCGGCCUCCUCUGACAUGGGAGAAGAGAAUGUAGAGUCUGUUUCAGAUGACGGUUGUGUGUCCUCAGUCUGUCCCUCAGCUUCAGAGCCAAGAAAACCUAGUCUUUUUGUUUACCCUCUUAAACCUUUAAAUAUGCAAACUGUGCUCCCUAGUGCCCGGCACACAGAUGCCCCUGCUGCUCAGACAAAUCAGAAAGCCCUCGGGGACAUCUUCCAGAACCAGUGGGGCCUGUCCUUCAUCAACGAGCCAAACGCAGGCCCCGACGGUGUGACCCCUUCCCGGCCUGCCGUGGCCCUCCAGGCCGCGGACAUCACAUUUCAGGGCGAAAGCCUUCCGUUCUUUGGCCAGCCAGGCCUGAACCCCACUUCGGCGGUCUCUCUUCCAGAGCCUCAUGAGGCAGAGGAAAGGACUAGUGGAGCAGGCGUGGCUUCAAGAAGCCACUCCCCAUCUCGCACCACUGCCGAGGGGCAGCCACGUGCUCUGCCGGAGGUACAGAAGGUGGAGAGCAGAAUUCCAGAGGUUUCCCGUAUGGACAUGGACACGGAGCAUGUAGUGAGCCCUCUUGUUAACACCUCUGUGGGGUUUUCCAAGGAACACGCUUGCACAAAGGGCCAGGACAGAGCAAAUGGCUGCGGCCUGUGUGAUCUGCAAGAUGCUGUAUUUUACCACACUAAAGAGUUUGAAUAUCUCAUCACUCUUCAAAAGCAAGAUCCAAAAAGGGUGGUGUGUUACAGAGAGUCCAUGGACAGACCAGAUCAUUGAUAUUCUGAGUACCAGGGCUGGGUUUGCUCCACCGUGGGCGCUGUAGUCGGAUCUGACCCAGAUGCGCUCUCCUUGGAAUCAACUCGGAACCCGUUUUCUCUGUCCAACCAGAAGAAAUUAAGGAAUGCAACAGGAAUGGCAGUCCGUCGGGAAGGGAUGAAUCUUGUACUCACGGAGACUCGGAUUUCUGCGACGAGCUGUCCGGAGGCAUCGGGACUACAGACAAAUUCGUACGCUGUAGCAAAAAGGGUAUCGAGGGGGUUUUGGAGUGCCACUCAUGCACCUUUCUUGAGCGGAAGUGUGGUGAGCUCAGUAGCUCAGGAGGUGCUCCACGCAGCCCUGAGAGGAACUAGGAGACCCACAGUGGAUGCCUCAGUCGUUAGGUUUCUUCCUGCGUGCAAAUCGGUUCAAGUAUAUCUGAUCAUCUGAGUUGCUUUUCUUUGUCAUUUUUAAUCAGUGCAUAUAAACAAGUCGGCAAGCAUAAAUUCUGAUUGAAAUAUACCCCAAAAGAGAUUCAUCUUAAAAAAUGAGCUCUUUUCAAUGUAAUCAUAGCACCCAGCAUCAGGGGUGGGCACGCAUCCCCUCACUGCCCUGCGGCAGUAGAAAAUUGAGUUCUAAUGUUGUGUAUUAUGGGAAAUGACCAUAAAUUGGUAUUGCCUGACUAAAAAAAAAAAAAAAAAAAAAAAAUUCCCUCUCUUUCUCUCCCUGCUUUAAAUUGAUCUUCUGGCCCACGAACAAAAGCCUGGUGUGAUGGUGGACUGUCAGCUCAGAGUUGCACCAUUUUGUAGCAGACGUUUGCCUGCAAGCCUAGCAUACAUUUUAACGCUAGAUUCUCAAACUGAG